CCCUUUGAAACCAUACCGAAAAUGGAAAUUAUGACCACAACGAAGAAGAAGCCUCAUGUCAUCUUUAUGCCUUUUCCAGCACAAAGCCACAUAAAGGCAAUGCUCAAACUAGCUCAGCUUCUCAACCACAGAGGAAUCGAAAUAACCUUUGUUAACACAGAGCACAUCCAUAAGCGUUUGCUCAGUUCUGGUGGUCUUCGGUCUCUUGAUGGCUCGUCUGGUUUUCACUUUGAAACCAUUCCUGACGGCAUUCCUCGUAGUUCUGAAGAUGAAGAUGGCACGGAGUUUCUCAUGGAGUACAUUGAAACCACCUUCUUGACUUCUUUUCUUGAGCUUGUCACCAAACUUCCAACUCCUACUUGUAUCAUCUCUGACGGCUUCAUGUCAGUUUUCACCGUUGAUGCUGCACAGAAGCUAGGAAUCCCGAUCAUGCUCUACUGGACUCUUUCAGCUUGUGGCUUCAUGGGUAUUUACCAGAUCCAAUCUCUAAUCGAGAGAGGACUUGUACCGCCUAAAGAUGAAGGUUUCAUGACAAAUGGGUAUUUAGAAACCAUUAUUGAUAGGAUUCCGGGGAUGGAAGGAAUCCGGCUAAAGGAUAUAAAUGGCAUCAUUCGGACUACAGACCCAGAAGACCGUUUUCUGACAUUCUGUCUUGUAGCCGCAGAAAAGUCCCACAAUGUUAUACACAAUAUCUUCCACACUUUUGAUGACUUGGAGGUUAGUAUUGUCGAUGCUCUGUCAACCAUGUUUACUAAAGUUUACACAGUUGGCCCAGUGCAGUUACUGCUUGAUCAGAUACCAAAAGAAAAUCAGACCGAAAUGUCAAAUUUUAGUAGAUACAGUUUGUGGAAAGAAGAGCCAGAGUGCAUCCAAUGGCUCGAAUUCAAGGAACCAAACUCGGUCAUUUAUGUGAAUUACGGGAGUUUUACAGUAAUGUCUUUACAAGAUCUUAUAGAAUUUGGUUGGGGACUUGCUAAUAGCAACCACUAUUUCCUUUGGAUAAUCCGAUCUAAUUUGCUUGAAGGGGAAUCUGCAUUAUUGCCUCCUGAACUUGAGGAGCUUAUAAAAAAGAGAGGUUUUAUAGCAAGCUGGUGUUCACAAGAAACGGUCCUGAACCAUCCUUCAGUUGGAGGGUUCUUGACUCACUGUGGUUGGGGUUCGACCAUUGAGAGCUUGUCCGCUGGUGUGCCAAUGAUAUGUUGGCCUGCUUUGUGGGACCAGUUUACCAAUUGUAGGUAUAUAUGCAAAGAAUGGGAGGUUGGAUUGGAGAUGGGAAAUGAAGUGAAAAGGGAGGAAGUUAGUAAACUUGUACUAGAGUUGAUGGGCGAAAAUGGUCACGGAAUGAGGAUUAAAGCCAUGGAGUGGAAGGAAAAGGCUCUUACUGCAACUGGUCCUAAUGGUUCAUCGUCCUUGAACGUAAACAACCUUAUUGAAGAAAUCAUUAUGGUUUCAAACCAAUCUUCAUAA